AUGGCUACUUCCCACAGCAAUACCUCACCACCACCGACCAACACCGACGACAAAAACAUCCGAUCGUCCCAGUCGCCCGGCGCCACCACAAAGGCCAAAGAAGCCGCCUCGAACAUAUUCCUCACCACCAGCCGGCAAUCCACCGACACCGUCUCGACCCUACCCGAAUACACCGAGAAGAGCGAAAACAGCAACAGGAGCGGCGAUCCUCAAGGUUCCGCCCGCGCCAGCGCCGACAACACCUCGGCCCAAAAAUCAAAACUGGGCUCGGCUUUCGACCGAGUGAAGGCCAAGGUGGGUCGUGGGGAGCCUGACAGUCCCGAGCGGGCUGAGGAGAAAGCGAGGAGGCGGGAGGAGUACGAGAGGCGAGGCUUGGGCGAUAGGACCAAGUAUGGUGUGGGAGGGAUGGGAUGGAGUGGUUGA